GUAAACAUGUUGACCAACAACGAGCUAAUGGAGCAAUUUUACUUCCCCGACGAGUCCCCAGCGGUACCCGAGUUCCUGGGCAACGAUACCUUCCAGCAGUUGGAGCAGCUCAUGUACCAGCAGGAAUUCAGUACCAGCGAUAGCCAGUCUGAUGGGACCAACAGUUGCUCCUUGGAGAUGUACUACGAUACCCCGGCUGUCCUGGAAUUGGAGCAUAUGUUGAGUGUGCAGGAGCAACAGCAUCAAGUGAAUCCAUUGGGCAAAAUUCAGGGAAGGAGUUCAAAGCACUGGAACAAACAACAAAGGAGUAAACCUUACGACAAGCUGUCUACCUCCAUGUCAUCCUCCGCGUCCUCCACUUCAUCGACCAGCUCAGCAUCGGCAAGUUUCGGCGGCGAAGUCCUUAAAAAACGGCGACUGGCGGCCAAUGCUCGCGAACGGAGGCGGAUGAACAGCCUUAACGAUGCCUUCGACAAAUUGAGGGAUGUGGUUCCAUCGCUUGGUCACGACCGGCGGCUCUCCAAAUACGAAACUCUGCAAAUGGCGCAGGCAUACAUCGGUGAUCUGGUCACGUUGCUCUCCAGAGACUACUAGCCAGUUGGAGCACACUUCAUCCUUCCUGUGUUGCAGCAACACUACUCUCGACCUAGUG